AUGGUUCUUCUCAUUCUUGCCUUUUCUCUCGCCCUCGCGGUUCUCGUCGGUUGGGUUCUCCAGCGUCAGUUGCACAGCAUCUUUGCAACGGCCAUUUCGACGUUCCUUCUCCAUCCCGAUGGAGAAAAGAAAUGCUCGGCGUCCACUCAGAUGGUGGAAUCUGGAGGCUGCACUGCAGCUGCAGAGGCAACAGGGAAGAAAGGUGAUGUGCCCUGUGUAACUACAAAACCAAGCAAAGAGGGAAACAAUGACACCGAAAAGAACACUCUCAUGACAUCGCCUGCUGAUGAGGAAGAACGUGGAACAAGCGUCGCAGGAGGGGUGCGGAUGGUCACGUCGAUUUCCUCGAGGGAAGAAAACUUGAGAGGGGGGGGAGGAGAUGAAGAGAAGACAGGGGACAAAGUGCAGAGCAAGAAUUAUACAGGGGUGGAAAGAGAAGAGCGAAACGUGGUGGCAGCUUCCGACUGCUCCGACACUCGAGGGACAUCAGCGUUUUCUUCUUCCUCUCAGCAAGCCUUUUCAGGGGGCAACCAGCAGCAAGAAGAAACACAGGGACAUUCUGCUCACAGUGUUGGUAGUCAAACCGGAGAAGCUAAACGAGAUCGGAGACAUCAUAGUGACGUGUUCCCCUCUCCACCUUCUUCGCCUCGUCCCUCUUCUCCCCCGGAGGCACCUGUCAUCACUCUACUAGCAGAUAAAGAGAUUGCGUCUCUGACUCCAGCAGAGGAAUCUUUUCUACUGGAACAAGACCGCCGAAUGAGAGGCUGUUUCAAGUACGACCGUCCAGAGAGUGUGCCGCCCUCGGCCUCAUCUCCGUUUCCUGUGGCAUCUUCCCCGGCUCCUCAGUCGCCUUCUCUCCCUUCCUCUGUCUCUCCUUCCAGUUCUUUGGAGGCCGCUGAAUGGAGUUCUGGGCUUGAUCCUCCGGCGGAUGGAGCAGUAGAUUCGUUCACUGAGGCAGCGCACGGAGCGACAGCGAGAGACAAAGGAAAAGGUGAGGAAGAAGCAGAAGGGAGACGCGUUUCGAGCUUGGACGAUUCAGUUGAAGCCCGUUCACCUUCCCAGCGGUCAACAAGCGCUGCGCCGUCACCGUCGAAUGCGGGAGUUCCUACAGGAAGCGAUGAAUUCAAGAGCACGGCUAUCGUGGGUGGAGCGUCAGAUGCUGGAGCAGAAUUUAAGGCAGGUGUUUUUGGAGAAAACGUGAAGUCUUCUCUGUGUCAAAGCGCUCAGGAGGCGGGAGAGCAAAGGAGGGAAGUCGAUGCCAUUUCUUACGAUGGGGAGAAGGAUGAGGCUUUCUCUGUGAAAAAGAGUGAAGGGGCGGCAGAGGCAGGUGGAGUUUAUACGCCGGAACAUGAAGAUCGUAAGAAGAGCGACGCGAAUGAAGACAAGGCGACAGCGCCUCUCUCUGGAGAAGAGGAGAAGGAAAACAUCAUGAAUGCUGCUAGUGUGCAAGCUGUUGGGGCAGUGCUAGAAGUAGAAGACGACUCCGUAAAACCGGAGGGUAGCGGCUUCCCUGGUGAAGGUGUAGGGGGAGAAGAAGGGGAUGACGAGAGAGAAGACGACGAUGAAGAGCAUUGCCCGAAAGUAGAAGACUUGGGAGAGGUUUUCCCAGACGAAGAGAAGAAAGGCCCUCCGCGAGUCGAGGAAGUCGAAGACGAGAAGAAGGAUGAAGAAGAUCUGGAAGACAAAAGUGCAGCUGAACUGAAGGAACUAGGGAAUCGGAAAUUUCGGGAAGGCAAAUACGAAGCAGCCAUCGAUAUUUACACGCAGGCACUGGACCGACUGGAUGAAGAAGAAGACGACUGGCUGGAUGAAUUUGACGCAAUCAUGCAAGACAAAGAGGACGAGCUGGAGGCAGCUGAGAACGCCCGCUACGAGGGUUCAUCAGUUGGCGUGGCACGCCGUAACAGAGAGCAGGAAGCAGAAGAGAGGGAGACGUUUAAGGAUGCGCGAGAGGAAGAGGACGAAGCACAUGAGCCAAAUAAGGCGACGAACAGCGACGAGGCGAAAGGAACGGAAGAAGCACGGGCGCAGACGGGAGGUGUACAGGAAGACCCAGAGACAGAGGGCAGCGUCCAUAACGGGAACGAACAGAGGGACGAGGAAGAGGAGAAACGCGAGAAGGAAGAGGAGCGACGGGAGAAGGAAAAAGAGCAUUUAUUGACUGAGGAAGAAUUCCUCGCCUUCAAGGAGGAGAAGGAGAGAGAGCGAGAGGCCAAGGCCCUGGAAUUCAACCAGUUGAGAGCUGUCCUUCUCUCAAACAGAGCAGCCUGUCACCUGCAUGGCAAGUGCUGGGAAGCCGUCAUCGCGGACUGCACGGAAGCGAUUCAGUGUAACCCGUCGUAUGCAAAGGCAUAUCUACGACGCUUCACGGCAAACGAAGCUCUGACCAAGUGGCACGACGCAGUCGCCGACAUCAACAAGGCUAUCGAACUGGACCCGUCUCUCGAAGCUCGGUACCGAGCCGAUCAGCAGCGAGUUAAGAAGAAGAGCGAGGCGCAGUUCGAAAAGGAGAAAGAGGAGAUGAUCGGAAAGCUGAAGGAUUUCGGCAACUUUGUCCUUGGCAAGGUCGGCCUUUCUCUGGAUAACUUCAAAGUUGAGCAGAAUCCUGAUACCGGUGCCUACAACAUCUCCUUCCAGCAAAACGCACAGCCUCCGGUUGGAACCGCAGCAAGUCAGUAA